AUGUUGCGUUUUGCAAUGGUCUCAACACUUUGUGGAUCGGAGAUCCAGAGACCUUACCCGGCCUGUCAUCUGGAGCUCGUUGGAGCCCUCGAUGAUUAUGAAUAUGUGCAGGACGGAGACAUUAUCAUUGGAGGGGUUUUCACUGUGAACCAUUUUAUGGCAGCACUGGGACCAAGGAGAGAUUAUGUUAACAGUGUGAUGUUAUGUCUAAGGCCAAUGCCUCCGUAUUACCGAUAUUUUCUGACUAUCCGCUUUGCCAUUGAUACAAUUAAUAAAGACCCAACAAUUUUACCUAAUAUUAGUCUGGGAUAUCAUAUGUAUGAUUCAUGUGCUGACAAUAGGAAAGCUGUGAAAAGUGUCUUGCAGAUCUUAUCUGGACCGGGACAGACGGUGCCGAAUUAUUCCUGUAGGAAACAUGCCAAGUUAGCUGGUUUUAUUGGAGACCAAAACUCUGUAACCACAGUUAACAUAGCCCAGAUACUGGCCCUGUAUCGCUACACUGAGAUCAGCUAUGGAGCAACCAGCUAUGUACUAAGUAACAAGAAUAACUACCCAUCAUUUUUCCGGACUGUUCAGAGUAACAAGGCCAUUUAUUUAAUGCUAUCAAGUCUCCUCCAAUUCUUUGGCUGGACAUGGGUUGGAGUUCUGUCUUCUGAUGAUGACAGCGGUAUUGAGGAAACCCAACUUCUGACUCAAUAUCUGGCUAUAAAGGGCAUUUGUAUUGCCUACAUGAUAAAGAUAAGGUUUGUUGUACUAAGUGGUGUAAAUGAAAUUGUAAAAAACAACAUUGAGACUAUUAGAAGGUCAUCUGCUCAGGUUAUAAUCCUUUGUGGGACCUUUUCUUCAUUCAUGGCUGAUUUUUUAGCAGAAGUAAGCCAUGUGCUCCAUGAUAAGACUUUCAUUUUUGGACCAAUAUUUGCUUCAAAACAGUUUCUUGUGGAACAUCACAGAAAAGUUCUUGAAGGUAGUCUGGCUGUAGAAUUUUUUAAUCUUCCUGUUCCUGAUAUGAAGCAUUUCUAUGAUAGUUUUCAUCCUGAGGACAGGUUACCAGGACAUAUAUGGCUGGUAAAUUUACAUUGUACAACGAAUGACCCCCGUAAUAGAAUCUAUAUGAAUGUAUAUAAAAGUCCUCUACUUCACAACUGCUCUGGGACUGAACGUAUCAGUGAUUUCUCUAGUUUCCAAAGCCCGGGUUUAACUGAUCGAGUAUAUGAAGCAGUUUAUUCUUUGGCUCGUGCGCUACACAACAUGUAUCUGUCUCCGGUCAAAAAGUCUCAAGAUAAGAUGACUCAGGCACAUAACUACCCACACCAGCUUUAUUAUUGGGUCAAGAAUCUGAAAAGCUUGAAGGGUGACCUGCUGUUUGAGGAAAAUGGGGAACUUGUCACGCCAUUCAACAUUAUAAAUUGGAGGUCUUUAAAAAAUGGCACUCUACUUGUUAGACGAGUUGGCAAUUCCUUCAUAGCAAACGGAUCUCAGCAGAAUUUCUCCAUCAGGGUACAGAACAUUUUAUGGAAAACUGGAGUUAACAAGCAUAAACAUCAUCUAAGAAAAUUAAAUAAGGGCACACUAGUUGGGGUAAACCGGUUGGGAGCUAAUGUUGACUUCUACCGCAACAUUUACAGAUCAACAGAAGUUAGCCUAUUUCCUUAUUUGCAGAUCCCAAAGUCUCAGUGCUCAGAAAACUGUUUGCCAGGAACCAGGAAAGUCCCAAGACCAGGGAUCCACUCCUGCUGCUAUGACUGUGUCCAGUGCUCGGAGGGAGAGAUAUCCAAUGUCAGCGACAGUGAAAACUGCCAACAAUGCAGAUAUGAUGAAUGGCCCAAUGAGAAGAACGAUCGGUGUGUCCAGAAACGGCUGAAUUUCCUGUCUUACUCUAAUGACCUUCUAGGAAUGGUCUUUGCCUUGUUCUCCUCCAUUCUUUGUGCUAUGACUGGACUGGUAAUACUGGUCUUUAUUUCACACCAAGACACGGCCAUUGUAAAAGCCAACAACAGGAACCUGAGCUUCAUCCUUCUGGUCUCCAUCAUGCUGAGCUUCCUUUGUGUUUUCUUAUUCAUUGGAUGCCCGGAUGAUAUAUCCUGUUUGUUACGCCAAGUCUCAUUUGGAAUCCUCUUCACGAUUUCCAUCUCUUGUGUUCUUGCCAAAACCAUCAUGGUUUGUGUAGCAUUUAAAGUCACCAAACCUGGCAGUUUGUGGCAAAACUGGCUAGGAACCAAACCUUCUAAUGCCAUAGUCAUCUCAUGUUCAUCAAUUCAAGUUAUAAUUUGUGUCAUCUGGUUGUCUAUCUCUCCUCCCUUCCAAGAACUGGACACCUCUUCUUACCAGGACAAGAUCAUCGUUCAGUGUAAUGAAGGGUCAGUUGUUGGGUUUUAUUCUGUUCUUGGUUACAUGGGGUUUCUGGCAGCUGUGAGUUUUGUUCUGGCUUUCAUGGUGAGGACAUUACCGGACAGUUUUAAUGAGGCCAAAUACAUAACCUUCAGCAUGCUGGUGUUCUGCAGUGUGUGGAUUGCCAUGAUCCCGGCCUAUCUGAGCACCAGAGGGAAGUACAUGGUGGCUGUAGAGAUAUUCACCAUACUGAGCUCCAGUGCCGGAGUCUUAGGUUGUAUAUUUCUCCCCAAAUGUUACAUUAUCUUAUGGAGACCGGAACUGAACACCAAAACACAUUUAAUGGAGAGAAAAGUUUUACAAUAA